AUGCCCAUCAUCAAACAACUAAUCACUCUACGGCGAAAAGCCGGAAUGACAAAAGAUGAAUUCUUCAACUACCACUACCAAGUACAUGGAGCCCUAAGCACAGGUCCUAGUCCAUCUGAAACGCCUUUGAAAUACUUCCAAACCCACUUCCUCGACACUGCAUACCACCCCGACCCCGCCCAAAACAUACCAAACGCCCACCCAGCAUGGGCCUUCAGCGACGGCCUCACAGAACUCUAUUUCUCGUCGGAGGACCACAUGGUCCAGAACUUUGCUUCCGAGUGGGUUUCAAAGAAAGUAGGACCUGAUGGGGCGAACUUUUCGGAUUUUAGUGCUGUGAUGCCUAUGUUUGUUAGGGAGGAGGUGGUUCCGUUGGCAUCUACGGCGUCUGAAACCUCAACGUGGGAGCGUGCUUUCGUCGCUAUGUAUUUUCUCGCUUUGCGAGAGUCCGAGCUUCCGGGGGAGAAAAACGAAAAAUUAGUCACCAAAUUUUCAUCUCUUCUCCAACAGCAUGCCUCUCAUGAUGUACUAGGUUUGGUCGCCAAUGCCCCUACAGAAGUGGGCUUUGAUCUUAGUGCUUACUUUGGUGGUGGGCGGUCGUUUCCUACUUAUUAUGUGUUUAUGGUUGUUCUACGUGGGAAGGAGUCGGUGGGUGCUGUGCGGAAGGUUCAGGGGAUCUUUGAAGAAGAGUAUGCUGGGGCCUUGGAUCUACCAGCGACCUGGAUUGGGUUUGGUGAGCGUGCGGUAGUGUUGGAUCAGAGUGUGGGGGUGGAGUUUGAUCCGAAAAGACAGCCGUAUAAGAUGGGAUGA